AUGCCGGCUGCGCUAGAUAGGGCCCUAGUUUCUCCUAUGCGAUUAUUUUUGCAGGGUAUCUCCGCUGCUGCCCCUUCUGGAGGUUCCCGAAAGGUGUCGAUUCUUCAAGCGAGGGCGUCCGUGGUCGAUUCCUCCGAGAGCUCCUCCGGAUUCUCCAAGAGAAUGGAGCGUGCCUGGAUCAUCUCCAAGCAACCAAGACCAAUAGCAUGCUCUACUUGUGAAUCAGACGGGUAUGUCGAAUGCAAGUGGUGUGCUGGCACCGGCUUCUUCAUCCUCGGCAAUCAAAUGCUUUGCGAAGUGCCAUCAAGAAAUACAACCUGCAUUAUAUGCACGGGGAAGGGUUCUACUGCUUGUCCCGAUUGCAAAGGCACAGACUUCCGUGCAAAGUGGCUGGAAGAUCCUCAACCUCCCAAAUAA